AUGACAUUAUUCAGCAGUUCCCAAAACUCAUCGCGUACAGAAACAAUUUUUCGUCAUGCGGCGUCGUCAGGGGGUGCUGGUGGUAGCAACACCAAUCCCAGUUCAUUAUCACGUGGUGGCCGCGCAGCCUUAGCUGCACUCUCCCAACAGGAAGAGGCCAAUUUGGCUUUGGAAACAUUUAUCAAUAGCCUACAGCUACCAAUGUUCUUUCAAUUAGCCGAAGGCGAACAGGAUGAACGUUUGGCCAAAUUAGAUGCCCUAGAACUUUAUCAAGCUCUUCAAGAUGUUAAUCGGGAUUUGGCAAUGGCACGUUUAGAAAAUCUUUAUCUUAGUGAUUUUCUAGAGAAAAAUGAUCCAAAGCUAUUGAUAGGUCUGCAACAGCGUCGAGCAACAGCUCACAAUGCAAGUUCACGUGGUCGAAAGCCUGAGUUGGGAUCAACACAAUCGGUAAGCAGUUCCCUGGGCACCAGAACAAGGGCGUCAAUGUCACGCUCGCAUGUGACCACCACAACGGGAAGUUCACAAAAGAAAACGGCCUAUGAUUAUAGGCUAAAUUUUCGUGCCAAGGCCGAUAUGGCCGAGAAGACAGCCAAUGAUGUGGAAAAACGGGUCAAGGAAAUCGAGAGCAAAGCUUCCAGGGAAAUAAAGGUACUACGCGGCCACAUGGAAGAAAUGCGUUUCAUGUACGAAGAGACCCUGGAAACCAUCACAAAUUUCCAAUUACAUUUUAUGCGCGAUGGACAGGAUCUGGAAUUUCUUAAUUCCGCCACCGAGAAACAAUUGGAACGCAAAUUACGUAAAUUUGUAAAUAAUUGGAUUAAAAAUGCCCGAGCCCUAUUGGCCACAAUGCGUUUGAAGAUAACAUCGCUGCAGGAUAGCUGUCAACAUGUACGCGCUGAAUUACUAACAAAAUCCGAUUUAAGUGGCAUCCUCACGGCAAUUGAUUUUGAAAAAUUGAUGAUAAAACGUAGCGAACUUUUAUCUUCGUUGGAUGAGAAAAAUAUGCAUAUGUCGGGAUUGAAAGCGGUCACGGGUAAAGCAUCUCUGGCCAUGACUGAAGCGAAACAAAUUAUGAUGAGCAUAGAAAUGGAAUCGGGACAAUUACAUCAAAAGACAGUAGAGGUUAUUAAGGCCAUCGGUAAAUUGGAAAAGGAAGCGGGAAUUGUGGAAAAAGAAAAUCAAAAGGAUAUGGAAGCUUUAGAGAAUCUGCGACAACAAUUGGAGAGAUAUGAGGCGCCUAGUGUGCGUCAAUAUAUCGAAAAGAAAAAUGAACUAAUGGCCCUAGAGAAAGAAGAGAAAAUGCUGCAGCGUAAAAUCUAUAUUUUAAAUAUGAAAUUGGAAAAUACUGAAAAGAAAUAUAAGUCUGGAGGAGGUCGAAAGGAGGAGGGAAUUUUUAUAAAUAUUUAA